GGUUUUUCCAGUGAGACGUACAGCAAAAUGAAGCUGUUGCCUUUAAAGCUGCAUCUACAGUAGCUUUUCCACAGCAGAAAUAAACUGUUUAAGGAGGUGAGGGCGGAGACCUUUUCCAACCCUCAGUCAGUACAAUGGUGCUGAUAUGAGUCUCUGGUUUAAACCAGGUGGUGGAAAAAUAAGAAACAAAAUGAAACCUUUCCAAAGCGUCUGUCUUUUCAAGAGCCUGCUUGCCAAUUGCUACUGUCACAGACAACUUCACAGCUGUCUUCUCCCUCAUGUUGCAAAGGAGAUAGGUUAUAUGGUGGGACGUCACAACUGUGGAUUUUGGAGGCCAAAAUCUUUACUGGACACAGCUGGAUUCACUCUGUCUCUUAACAGUCGGCAUAGGAAAAAACAUCAGGAUUCUCAAGCAUUGUGGAAGCAUGAGACUGUGCAGAAGUACUUGGAGACUCUAAGCAAGGAAUACCAGCAGGUUAGUCAUCUGUUAAAUGCUGACUCAGUAAGUGACUUUGAGCAAAGAACCCUGAAGAGAAGAUGUGCCAAUCUGUCCCCCAUUGCAGCUGCAUUUCAAGAAAUCAAAAAGGCUGAAAGAGAAGUUCAGGAGUUAGAAGCUAUGUGCAAAGAGCUAGACAGCAGAGAUGAGAAACAACUUCUAGAGCUUGCCGUAGAAGAGAAGGAAACCCUGGAUAAAAAAAUCAACAUGUUGUGCAGAAAGCUUUUCCAGCUUCUAGUGCCAAAGGAAAAACAUGAUAGAAGUCAUGCCAUAUUAGAAGUGACAGCUGGCAGAACAACUGGAGGUCAGCAAAGUCCCCACAGUAAAGAUUACUUCAAACCUCCAUCCAACUUUAUUAAACCUCUUACGGGAGACAUCUGCCAACAGUUCACUAAAGAAAUGUUUGAGAUGUACCAGAACUAUGCAGACUAUAAACGCUGGACCUUUGACAUUGUGAACUAUACGCCGGCUGAGAUAGGUGGGUUGCAUCAUGCCGCUGCUCAUAUUUCAGGAGAUGAUGUCUACAGGCAUCUGAAAUAUGAAGGAGGGACUCAUCGAGUCCAGCGAAUCCCUGAGACAGGCCUAUCGUCAAGAAUGCAGCGUAUUCACACGGGGACAAUGUCAGUUAUUGUCCUCCCUCAGCCAGAGGAGAUUGAUGUUAAAGUGGAUCCCAAAGAUUUGCGUAUAGAUACAUUCAGGGCCAAAGGAGCAGGAGGGCAACACGUUAACAAAACUGAUAGCGCUGUGAGAAUUGUACACCUUCCCACAGGACUAGCAGUUGAGUGCCAGCAGGAGCGAUCACAGCAGCUGAACAAGGAAAUAGCUCUGCGGACACUGAGAGCUAAGCUGUACCAGCAGAUCACUGAAAAACAACUAAGUCAAGAGCAGAGUGCCAGAAGACUACAGUUGGGUACCAGAGCCCAGUCAGAGAGAAUUCGUACGUACAACUUCACCCAGGACAGAGUCACUGACCACAGGAUCUCAUAUGAUGCACGCAAUAUCAAGGAAAUUCUAAGUGGGAAAGAAGCACUGGAUAAGUUAAUCAACAGACUACUGGAGUUUGCAGAGAUAGAGGCCGUCACCGAGUAUCUCGAAAAUUUGCAGGCUUUAGAAGGAGGAGGCUGCUGAAGACCUUGUGUAGAGUUAAAGCAUAAAUGUGUUCAGUAGCGAGAUAAAAUGGAUGCAUUUGUUAGACGAUAGAUUGAUUAAAAUCUAUGCCUCUGUUUUUCAGUGUGUG